GAAGAGCUCCCGGUCGUGUAAGGAAUGGUUUGUGAAUAGAUAGGGAGUGGGCCGGGAGCCGGCGCGCGGCGGUACUCGCGGCAGAGGGCCGCCAUGACGGGCGGGACGCGCGCUUGCCUGCUGCUGGCGGGACUGCUCGCUGUGCUCUACUCAGGAUGGUGUUCAGAAGACGAAGAGCGCCUAGUGCGCGAUCUAUUCAGAGGUUACAACAAACUCAUACGGCCGGUGCAAAACAUGACACAGAAGGUCGACGUGCGGUUUGGCCUAGCAUUCGUCCAGCUUAUCAACGUUAACGAGAAGAAUCAAAUUAUGAAGUCUAAUGUGUGGCUACGUUUAGUAUGGAUGGAUUAUCAGCUGAUGUGGGAUGAAGCUGACUACGGAGGCAUCGGUGUGCUGCGACUACCCCCUGACAAAGUCUGGAAACCGGAUAUAGUGCUUUUCAACAACGCUGACGGCAACUACGAAGUGCGAUAUAAAUCUAACGUUCUCAUCUACCCUAAUGGCGAAGUACUUUGGGUACCCCCUGCCAUAUACCAGAGUUCAUGCACUAUCGAUGUAACAUACUUCCCAUUCGAUCAACAAACCUGCAUCAUGAAAUUCGGAUCUUGGACUUUCAACGGCGAUCAAGUGUCUCUCGCCUUGUACAACAAUAAGAAUUUCGUUGAUCUGUCUGAUUACUGGAAAUCUGGAACAUGGGAUAUCAUAGAAGUGCCCGCGUAUUUGAACAUCUAUGAAGGAAACCAUCCUACUGAGACGGACAUUACGUUUUAUAUCAUUAUAAGAAGGAAGACCUUGUUCUAUACCGUCAACUUGAUUCUGCCGACCGUGCUUAUCUCGUUCCUUUGUGUGUUGGUAUUCUAUCUGCCUGCUGAAGCUGGGGAAAAGGUCACUCUGGGUAUCAGCAUUUUGCUGUCACUGGUUGUGUUUCUACUCUUGGUAUCGAAAAUCCUCCCGCCGACCUCUCUCGUGCUGCCCCUCAUCGCCAAGUACCUGCUCUUCACAUUCAUCAUGAACACCGUCAGUAUCCUCGUCACGGUCAUCAUCAUCAACUGGAACUUCAGAGGACCUAGAACUCAUCGCAUGCCCCUUUGGAUUCGAAGUGUGUUCUUGCACUACCUGCCUGCCGCGCUGCUAAUGCGGCGUCCACGCAAAACCCGCCUACGUUGGAUGAUGGAGAUGCCCGGCAUGGGCGCACCGCCGCACGCCGCCGCCCCGCACGACCUACCCAAGCACAUCAGUGCUAUCGGUGCAAACCAAAGCAAAAUGGAGGCAAUGGAGUUGUCUGACUUGCAUCAUCCUAACUGCAAGAUUAAUCGGGCGGCUGGAGGCGGUGGUGAAAUGGGCGCUUUGGGCGGUUUAGGCGCGCUCGGCGGGCUCGGCCUCGCCGAGAGACGAGAGUCAGAGAGCUCUGACUCCCUUCUUCUGUCUCCUGAAGCCGCCAAAGCAACUGAAGCGGUCGAAUUCAUCGCAGAGCAUUUAAGAAACGAAGACCUUUACAUUCAGACGCGCGAGGAUUGGAAGUACGUCGCCAUGGUGAUAGAUAGAUUGCAGCUGUACAUCUUCUUCAUCGUGACCACUGCUGGAACUGUCGGCAUCUUAAUGGAUGCACCACACAUCUUUGAAUACGUUGACCAAGACCGUAUUAUCGAAAUAUACCGGGGGAAGUAAAUGCGAACUGCGAGAAACAGCUAACUAUAAUUAUCACAUUCAGGGCCAAGGACCCGACUGUCGGGUACACUGUUUGUAGCGACUACGCGCUACAUACGGCGAAACCGUGGCUACGCGCUACGAGCGUAACCCGUAGCUCUUAGUGGCAAUGAAUGUGUUAUUAUACAAUUUUUUUAGAGAUGCUUACUGUUUAUUAGUCAACCCAGUUAAAAAAUCUUCCAGAGCAACUUACUUCUUCCUUUAAAAUAAUAAUGUAAUUGAUACCACUAUCUAUUAACAGAUAUUGUUGAUUUGCAAAUUAAGUCCAAACAAUGCUCAGUUUUAUUCAAAUAAAUUAUUAAGUAUUAAAAAUACCUACUUAAUUAUAUUUUAAGGCGCUCCAGCUUUGUAAUAAAAGUAAUAAAAUAUAGGUAUGUAUAUACAUAUUUGUACUUACACAUGCUUCCAAUACAAUCUCCAUAACUAACGACUAGUUAUCAUUAAAUUGGCCAAGGUUAUUGGCAGUCAAUCAAUUUGGUUAAUUAAUUAGCAAGCUUAAUCACUUAGACAAAGAAAGCUAAAUAUUGUGUAGGUAUGUAUUGCUUUUACAGUAGUUAUGUCUUACAUAAUAUUUCUUAACAUUGUAAUUGUGGUGGACAACACUGCCCAUUCUCUUACGAGUAAGCUUUCGUGAUUCCCUACAUAAAUAUCCAUGGAAAUAACAAGCUUAAAUACCUACUUGGCCGCAAUGUGCGAAAGAGUAGACCUAAAGCCGCAAAAGCUCUCUGCGGCAUAUGAUGGGCAUGUAGCUACCUGACUUUGAUAAUGACACAGACCAACCCCUAACCCCUUAAUAGGCGUUUUUCCGUGGAUAACGAUAAGCCUUGUAUGAAAAGGUGGAUAAUCAGCGACACGUUACGUACCCUGCGUAGGUAUAUCUAAAAAGCGCCUUCAAAGAAAGUCUCGACCUAAGCAGUCCUACGCUUACACUUAUAACGACCAAGGGCAGCUUUAUUGUGCACAGUGCGAUCGGACAUUAAAACUAAGUUCGGUUAUACGUGCUUAUCAGAGGAAUUUGUAAAGGUCGCCGUUGUCGGACACGACAUGGAGGACUAUAUAGGUAUGUCUAAUAAUUGAACUCACAUGGUUUCAUACCUACUUGCGAGCUACUCCAGCAAUGUCAAUCUAGAGCUUCAAAACGAAUUAGGAGCCGGAAGUUUAGGUAUUAAACAAUAAAGCACUUAGUUAUUAGUUCAAAUAAGAUUAUAAUAGGGUUAUUACAAUAAAUUAAUAGAAAUUAAAAUGGCUGUGUUCGAAGUUUACCUACCUAGCGUAAAAGCACAAUAUGUUUCGACAUAAGUUUGUAUUUUGACAUGUAAUUAGGGACGAGGUAAUAGCGAGGUAAUUUAAAUCAUAGUCUUAAGAAAUUUUAUCAAAUGUACUAUUUCCUUUCAUUAAUAUACGAGUUAAUUCCGGAGAUUAUUAAAUUUAUAACUACUUAUUAGGCUAACAAAAAUAUAGUUGAAAAUGAAAAUAUAUUAUGUUGCUGUUUAUAACAAAUUUUGUUGCUAACCUAUUUAGUUUUAAGAGCUUACCGAGAGAUGAAAAGCCAUAUAUUUAUUGUUAUAAUUUCUGAAUAUAAUUAGAAAUAAUGUUCAAGCAAGUAAACAUAAACAUAGUUGAGUAUGAGUAAAAAUGUAUAUCGACUGGGGUCUCCUAUAGAGUAAGGCAAUCAUAUUAGCGUUAUACUUAGAUGUUUCUGAAGUUUUUGUUUUUAUCAUUAGAGAUAAUUAGAAUACUGUUAAAGCUGAGAAAUGAGCAAGUAUCAUCGUAAAUCAAAAUCUCGAUAUGGGCUUGUAAGAUCCUGGUUUUAGUUGGAAACUAUGGCAUAAGUAAGUUAUUUGUAACUCGGCCUAUAGCACUAACUAUACUUACGCACUUACUGUAAAAUAUCUUGUCCACUCAUUACUUUUAUAUCCAUGUUGUUUUAAUAAAUUUUUACGUGCGAA